AUGAUAGAAACAGAAAGUGCAAAUGAGUGGUUGGAAGGUGUCCAUGUAAUCGAUUUAAGUGCCGCUUGGGGAGCAACUGAGUAUAAAGAGAAAUGCAAAAAAUUCUCAAAUAACAGAAAGAGUGAAAUAGGUGGGCAAGGCGCUGGCCCAUCAAGACAUUGUGGAGGAUCCAUAUCUCAAUAUAGGCAUCAACAACAGAUGCGCGAAAGACUAGGCAGAGGUCCUCUACCUCAUGAGUUAUUUGAGGCUACUCAUAAGAAGAAGGGUACCUCAGAGUUUGUUGAUGCACGCUCAAAGGCCAUUCAUGAUCGCUUUCUGACUUUGAAAGAGCAAGCAUCACAGACAGAUAAUGACAGCAGUCAGGCAUCCCGCAUUGAUAAGGUUCAGUUAUACUUUGAGGCAGUAGGUGGAGAGAAAAAAAGAAGGGUGUACGGUCUUGGAUCAUAG